AACUUUAGUGCUUUUCCAUCAAUACGAACAAAUGAAUCCCAUCAAACAGCUUCAAUAAUGAUGUUGGAAGAAAACAGUUCUGUGGAUAAUGUGGAUGUAUCAAUAAACCCAGAGUAUUCAACUCAAGUAAUCAAUGAAAUGCCAGUUACAAUGGAUAGGAAUUUUAACUUCUGUAAUUCAAUCCCUAAUUGUGAAAGAUUAAAUGACACAUCAUUAUCAUCUAGUGUUUCUAGGAGUGAUGCUUGUUCUCCUGUUGAUCAUAGUUCUAAAGCCACAACUAGAAAACGAAAAAGUGUUGAAUAUAAAAAUGAAUUAUUAAAGAUUGUUAAAGCAUCUUGUCGUUGGCUUGAAGAAUUUUCAGAUGAACGUGAUGAUUGUUUUUAUUUUGGCAUGCAAAUUACUAAUCGUUUAAGGAGACUUCCUGCAGAUGUUAGAGCUAAAGUUCAGGUUGAUAUAUUAUCUUUAAUAAAUGAAUAUGAAUUUGCAUCAUAAUGUUCAAAUGAUGUUACUAUGAAAUAAAAUUAUUUAUUAUAUUUAUACACAUUUAAACUUGUUAUUCCUGAAUAUUGAAAUAUCUCAUGUAAAUAAUUAAUUUUUAAAAAUGCAAAUUUACCAAUGUUUACAAGUAAAAAUUUAAAAUUUCAAUGAAUAAAGUGAAUUUGCUA